CACUUUCCUGCGUUCCAACUUCGUCCAGCGCUUCCCUGCCGCGAAUCCUCUAAGCCGCCGCUCUUUCUCUCAAUCUCACUCCGUCAAAUUCAACCCCACACAAUCCAACAUGUCUGACCACGGCAAGGUUUACGAGAUCAAGUCCACUGAGGAAUUCAGAGAGAAGGUCACCAACUCCCAGGACGCCAUUGUUCUCGACUGCUUCGCCACGUGGUGCGGUCCUUGCAAGGCCAUCGCCCCCAAGGUCGCCCAGUUCAGCGAACAAUACCCCCAGGCCAAGUUCUACUUGAUCGACGUCGACGAGCUUUCCGAGGUUGCUGCCGAGCUCGGUGUCCGCGCCAUGCCCACCUUCAUGCUGUUCAAGGGCGGCGAGAAGGUCAAGGACGUCGUCGGUGCCAACCCCCCCGCUCUUGAGGCCGGUAUCAAGGCUCUCCUCGCAUAAAUUCGUUCGAAUGUGUGGCGAAGGAUGGUUUUAUUUUUCUAGUGUAUGAAAUGACAAACGUUUGAACAAUUUAUACUUCCCUGACUGUAGGCUGCUAUGGGUGCAGCUGACGAGGCUGGGUAUUUUCCAUGGCCGGCGAUAGGGACGGACUUUAGACGGUUUUCUUGCCUUCGCUCGAAUACUACGUGCCUCCUGAAUGCCUCA